CUUGGGCUGCAGCCCCUUGCGGGCCUUCCUGCUGCAAGGCGCGCUGGAGGACGCACGGCUUGGCGGGAAGGCGAGGGGACCGUGCGGAGCCUCCGGUGCUGGCGGCGGCCACCAGUUCGGGAGCCGGGAGCCGGCCGCAGCACGCGGAACAGAGCAGAGGGUGGCGGGGCCCGGCGAAACCACGAUGAAGCCGAACAGCGAGGAAGAGGAGGAGUUGGUGCAGGGCGUGGGCCCCUGGGACGAGUGCUUCGAGGUGGCCGUGCAGUUGGCGUUGCGUGCGGGACAAAUCAUCAGAAAGGCCCUCACUGAGGAAAAACACGUCUCGACGAAAACAUCUGCUGCAGAUCUUGUGACAGAAACAGAUCACCGAGUAGAAGACUUAAUUGUUUCUGAGUUGCGAAAGCGGUUCCCUUCACACAGGUUCAUUGCAGAAGAGGCCACAGCCUCCGGGGCCAAGUGUGUGCUCACCCACAGCCCGACCUGGAUCAUCGACCCCAUCGACGGCACCUGCAACUUUGUGCACAGAUUCCCCACUGUGGCAGUUAGCAUCGGAUUUGCUGUUCACCAGGAGCUGGAAUUCGGAGUGAUUCACCACUGCACAGAGGAGCGGCUGUACACCGGCAGGAGGGGCCAGGGCGCCUUUUGCAAUGGCCAGAGGCUCCAGGUCUCCAGGGAGACAGAUCUCGCAAAGGCCUUGGUUCUGACAGAAAUCGGGCCCAAACGUGACCCCGAUACUCUGAAAGUAUUCCUGAGCAACAUGGAGCGGCUGCUGCACGCCAAGGCUCAUGGGGUCCGAGUGAUUGGCAGCUCCACCUUGGCGCUCUGCUACUUGGCCUCGGGGGCUGCUGAUGCCUAUUACCAGUUCGGCCUCCACUGCUGGGAUCUGGCAGCUGCCACAGUCAUCAUCAGAGAAGCAGGUGGCAUUGUGAUUGACACCUCAGGUGGACCCCUUGACCUCAUGUCGUGCAGAGUGGUGGCUGCUGGCACCAGAGAGAUGGCAGUGCUCAUAGCUCAGGCCCUACAAACCAUUAACUACGGCCGGGACGAUGAGAAGUGAGCCGUACAGAGCUCUAAGGCUGACAUGAGCAGCUCCCUGGGAAAGAGCUGUCCAGGGGCUUGAGUUCCGGGAUAGUCUACCAUAGCUGUCCCCGGACCUCGGUGCUUAGCUGAUCCUCUCUAAUCUCGGGUAGCCCCUUUCCAGGUCGGUACAUGGUCUUUCAUCAGAGCCAAACCCAAAUCUUGUGAGGUGUGUUAGUCACCCAUCCUGGUUGUUCGGAAUGCAAAUCUCAGGUAAUAAAGCUUUAGAACGAGUUCUCAGGCCCUCCCCUGCCCGUGGUGAUA